CAGGUGAGUGCGGGUGGUUGAGAUCAUCAUACUGACCGCUGUGUCUCGCGCUGGUCUCCCGGUCCUAACCGAAUAUAAUAAGCUGACCUCCAUUCACGCUCCCGCCACUCUCACAAUGGAGUCAGAGUCUUGUUUCGGCCUGCUUGAGGGCAACACCGACUUUGCCACUUCUCCACAGCGCUUGAGCCCUGGUUGAAGAGGCUUGAUCCAAACCGCCAAAGAACAGAGAUGAGUCGGUGUCUCUGUUUCUCUCAUGAGCUGAAGCCCCAUCAGAGCAGAAAAACACACAAACUUCUCCUGGGGACCACCGACGACAUCACAACAGAAAUACCCUGCAAGUACAAAAUCGGCGCGCCAGCCGGUGUGACUGGUACAGAGGGGAAACGCUCCUGUUUCACCAGCUAUCUGCGGCUCUACGCGGGGACUUUUUCCAUUUCUCUCGUUUUGGGGAUUUAACGGAAAGCAUUUAUUUGAUCAAGAGGGAAAGCAGGUUAACGGAGCAACACCAUGUCAGCCACAUUUCCCGGCCUGGUCCAUGAUUCCGAGAUACGUCAUGAUGGGUCCAACAGUUACCGUCUGAUGCAGCUCGGUUGCCUCGAGAGCGUCGCCAACUCCUCGGUGGCCUACAGCUCAUCCUCGCCGCUCACAGCCUACCCCCCGGCGGCCACAGAGUUCGCCUCGCCCUACUUCUCCACCAACCACCAGUACACCCCCCUGCACCACCAGUCCUUCCACUAUGACUUCCAGCACUCCCACCCCGCGGUGGGACCGGAGGCGUACGGCCUCAACUCUCUCCACUCUGGGCAGUAUUACCAGCAGAUUCACCAUGCAACACAUGGAGAUGCAGACUUCAUCAACCUGCACAGUGCCCGUGCACUCAAGUCCUCGUGCCUGGAUGAGCAGCAGCGGCGCGAGUUGGGCUGCCUGGACGCUUACCGGAGACAUGACCUGUCUUUGAUGACGUCACACGGCGGGCAGUAUGGCAUGCACCACGACCAGAGGCUGCUGCCUGCGGCAGGUCUGGGGCUCCCUACCCCUGGGGCGGAUGACCUGCAGGGCUCCGUGGAGGCGCAGUGCGGGCUCAUGCUCAAUGGCCAAGGUGGCGUCAUCCGAAGAGGAGGUACCUGUGUGGUGAACCCCACAGAUCUGUUCUGCUCUGUCCCCGGCCGUCUGUCUCUCCUCAGCUCAACCUCUAAAUAUAAAGUCACCAUCGCUGAGGUGAAGAGACGCCUCUCACCUCCAGAGUGUCUCAACGCCUCACUACUGGGAGGAAUCCUCCGCAGAGCUAAGUCUAAGAACGGUGGACGUUGUCUGAGAGAGAAGUUGGAUCGACUGGGACUCAACCUGCCAGCUGGUCGGAGAAAAGCUGCCAACGUUACACUCCUCACCUCUCUGGUGGAAGGUGAGGCGCUCCACCUGGCCAGAGACUUUGGUUAUACGUGUGAGACAGAGUUUCCUACCAAGGCAGCAGGAGAACACCUAGCCAGUCAACACAACGAACCCAAGGAGACGAGUGCUCGCAAGAAGAUGGUGCUGGCCACCAAGCAGAUCUGUAAGGAGUUCCAGGACCUGUUGAGUCAGGACCGUUCUCCUCUUGGCUCCUCCAGACCCACACCUAUACUGGACCUGGAUAUACAGAGACACCUCACACACUUCAGUCUCAUCACCCAUGGGUUCGGGACUCCGGCAGUGUGCGCGGCUCUCAGCACCUUCCAGACUGUUCUCAGUGAGAUGCUCAACUUCCUGGACAAACAUUCUGCCGCCGGGAACCAUGGGAAAACCUCUGGUCAGGAGACGGAAAAGACAGGAACCGCCCGGAAAAACAGCGAACCGCUCAAUAAAGAGGAGAAAGCUGAAAAGACAGAGUAACCCCUUCCUUGUGCCUUGCAGGAGGAGCAAAUCUCCAUGGAGACGGACAGAGAUGAUUAUUAAUUCUGAACAACAGGAAGUAGAGACAUGGACUUCUGGUCACCGCCAUUUGGGAGCCAAGGGAGAGGAGCGGGGUACACACACACACACACACACACACACACACACACACACACACACACACACACACACACACACACACACACAGUUUCCCCUCCAGCCUCCACCUGGACAGUGCAAUCAAUGCCAUCAGAGUGUUUAACCCUUUUAGAACUGAGAGACUGGGGUCUGGGGUUACUAUGUUGGUGAGAGACUGGGGUCUGGGGUUACUAUGUUGGUGAGAGACUGGGGUCUGGGGUUACUAUGUUGGUGAGAGACUGGGGUCUGGGGUUACUAUGUUGGUGAGAGACUGGGGUCUGGGGUUACUAUGUUGGUGAGUAUGUGUGUGUGUGUGCCUGUUGCUUGCGUGUGUGUGUGAGUCCAGAUUUCUGAGACUCACCCAUUUUGUAAAGAUGACUAUUUAGUUGCCAUAGAAACAGUUUGUUGUGCAUGUCUAUCUUUGUACACUCCCCAGAACCACGUUUACGACACAAGCUCUUUGACCCUUCAUAAACAUUUGUAUAGAUAUAUAUAAAUAUUUAAAUAACUUUUCUUGUAGGCUUUGAACUACAUACGCUGUAUGUUAAAACCAUACCUUCUAAAAUACCUGUGUUCAAUAAAAACAAUUGAUACAUGUU